AUGACCGUAAAUACCAAUAAUGCCAUCCCUCACUCCCAACUCGGUCGCCUCCCUGGUCGAAUCCGCUGUGUCGACUCAUUCACCUCUGCUCAGUCGGGUGGCGCAUGCCCGCAUGAUCAGAAUGCUGUGCUUGAUAGGCAGCCCCUAAGUGCAGUUUACAAGUUUAUUGAGUUUCUGUGGGCGGACGGGGAGUCUAAUUCGAUUAUGUUCUGUGCGUUUCUCAAUGCAUGCUCAGAUAUGUUGAAUUUGGAGCUCGGGAGACAGUUUCAUGGUUUUGUUAUGCGAUGUGGUUUUGGAAAAGAUGUGUCAAUUUUAAAUGGGCUUGUUGACUUUUACGGGAAGUGACAGGAGUUUGGGUGUUCAAUGAUGGUUUUUGAUCGAAUUGGUCAGCGGAACGUUGUUUCUUGGUGCUCUAUGGUGGCUGCUUGUGUGCAGAAUGAUGAGGAGGAGAAGGCAUGCGAGUUAUUUUCGCGGGCAAGGGAAUAAGGCGUUAAGCCAACUGACUUCAUGGUUUCGAGUGUUCUAAGCGCUUGUGCUGGGGUUGCGUGGAUUGAACAGGGUAGGUCAGUUCACGCAGUUGCAGUGAAAGCGUGUGUGGAGGGAAAUGUAUUUGUUGGGAGCGCACUUGUUGACAUGUAUGGAAAAUAUGAGAGCAUAGAAGAUGCCGAGCGUGCCUUUGAUGAGAUGCCUUUGUGGAACUUGAUCACUUGGAAUGCAAUGGUAGGUGCAUAUGCGCAUCAAGGACAUGCUGACAUGGCUUUGGCAUUGUUCGAGGAAAUGUGCGCCUGAAGUCAUGAGGUUAAACCAAAUUAUGUUUCAUUGGUCUGUGUAUUAUCAGCAUGUAGCAGAGCAGGGACCGUGCAAAUGGGGAUGCAGAUUUUUGAGUCAAUGAAAGCUAAGUAUGGAAUUGAACCAGGGGCAGAGCAUUAUACUUGUGUGGACUUGCAAGGCCGAGCUGGUGUGGUAGAGCGAGCUUAUGAGUUUAUUCCAAAGAUGCCAAUUUGUCCAACGGUUUCCAUUUACGGGCUCCUAGGGGGUUGUAAAAUGUAUAGGAAGCCAGAAUUGGGGAAGAUUGCAGCUGACAAGUUAUUUGAACUCGAUCCUAAAGACUGUCACUCUGGCAACAAUGCGGUGAUUUCUAACAUGUUUGCAGCUGCUGGAAGGUGGGAAGAAGCAACGCUUGUGAGAAAAAAAAUGAAGGAUGUGGGGAUAAAAAAGGGUGCAGGCUACAGUUGGAUCGCAGUCAAGAAUGCAGUCUAUGUCUUCCAAGCAAAGGACACCUCCCACGAAAGGAAUUUGGAGAUUCAGGCAAUGCUAACCAAGUUGUGGAGGAAAAUGGACGAAGCUGGGUACAUCGCCGACACCAAUUUUGCGCUGUUUGAUUUAGAGAAAGAAAAAGUAUCAGAAGUUUGGUACCACAGAGAGAAGAUUGCGCUUGCGUUUGGACUCAUAUCCAUCCCUCCCAGGGUGCCUAUAAGGAUCACAAAGAACCUUAGGAUCUGUGGGGAUUUCCAUGGUGCAAUUAAGUUCGUUUCUGGCAUUGUAGGUAGAGAAAUUAUUGUGAGAGAUAACAAUUGCUUUCAUCGCUUUAGAGAUGGUCAUUGCUCGUGUAGAGAUUAUUGGUGA